AUGAAAAAACAGGCAGUUCCUCUGAUCAUACUGACAAUAAUGCUAUCAUGCAUGCACAGUAGAAUAAGUCUGGUGGAAAUGAAAGGUAUUUUAAGUACAGCAAUUGAGGAAUCACAUGAAAAAACAACAAUAAACCCGGAUGGACCCCUUAACCCACUCUAUGGAUAUAUAUACCAUGCGGCAGGGUACGUGCAUAAUAAGAGAUUCUUCUCACCAGAGAUAAAAACUGAUUAUACACUGAGAAAUAUAGGAAAUCCAGAUGAUGUACAGAUAUCGUACGAAUUUAACAGAAAACCAGCAAAGGACAAAGCAUGCCCAGUGAAAGACCAUUCAUUGAAUAUAAACCAGUACUUAUACGAAUACCAUACACAGCUGAUAAAAAUGUUUCCAUCACCAGGAGAAGAGAUUAAUAUUGCAGUGGGAAGAAACAGCUCAUUUACAAAGUUUCUUAGAUCAGAGAAUGCUAAACCAUACACAGCACAGAUCCUUGCAUCACUCCUGCUCCUCUCAGAAGGAGUUAAUAUUCCAAUUGGUGUGAGUACUAUUAACCAACAGAAAAUGCUUAUCCUAUAUAACAGAGACAAGACAAAAGUGCAUUUUCGCAUAAACAUGCGAGUCAUUACAAAAAUCAUAGAUGACACGACGUGUGCAUACAACCUACAGGGUGAAGCCAUUAAUAUAAUCAAAUUCUUUGUAAAGUACAAAGAUACGUCAAUUCUACAGGAAGACAGAAUUCAAGAACCUUCUAGUGUAGAAGAGUUUAGAAGUGGUAAAUUUCUAAAUACGCCCAGAUUUCUUAUACAAAUGUACAUCCAUGAGUUUAUAGACACAGAAGAAGAUUAUAUACAGCUGGCAAAGUCAAUAUACACACUUUUAAAUGAAAGCUUAGAUGUUCUGUACAUGAUGGACACAACACUAGAAAGUGUAAAUGAGAUAGAACAUAUAAAUGACGUAUUAAAGAAAUACUUCACUGUGGAUUUAUCACAUAAUCAUACGAAUGAGUACAUAUGUGAUAUUGAAGAGUUUGAGAAUAUAUUAGAUACGUAUGCAGUCUGUCCGUUUAUACACUUUAGUCAGCUACCUGUGUACACCAGAGUACCAAUGUACAUUAGAAAGACUUCUGCGUUUAUAGAAAAUCAGAUACAUUACUACAGUAAUUGUGCUGAAACCGCUAUACUGAGCCUGUUCUUCUCUCUAGCGUAUAACCCAGAGAGUAGAACUUAUACUACUGCAAGCAUGCCCAAUGCAUCAUCAGAUUUAAGUUGGUUCUUUAAUGAGCACAGCCGGUAUAAGCAAACAAUAAAUAAUAAAAUGCACCGAGACUGGUGUAAAGUAGUUGCAGACUUGCCCUGUGAAAAUAUCUGUUACAUAAACAACAGAAAUGAAAUUAAAAGUGGAAUAAUAAACUUUCUUUAUACAGUCAUAGAAAUAACAGGAGAAUCCACUAAAACCAUUAAAAAGUUACAGAAAAUAGUGAAUGAUAUUAAAAUCAGCCCAUACAUUAAUAGUUAUACAGAGGAUAAACUAACUCGCUACUUGAAUGACCUGUUUAAAAGGCUUUCAUGUAAUAAAGAAGUAACAGUAACAUGUAAAAACAUUAAGAAAUCCCCAGAGAAUAACCAAGUAGAUGUAUUCGGAAUAAUUGAAAUAAAAUUCUCACAUAAUAAUAUACAGGGCGGAAUCGGACUGUCCUUUAAUAAAGGCCAUACAUACGCGUACGUCCUAUCCUCUGCUGUUACAUUCACAUUGAAUGAUUUUAACAGAGUUACAGCCCUAAAGAACAAAUACGAAUCUAUAAAGAAGCCAGUGGGAUACGCAAUUAUUGAGUAUAUAACGAAACAAACAGAUAUUUUUACUAUGGAAGAACACCUGGCCGCAUUUAUACAAAAGGAACAAGUACAGAAAAUAAUUAAAAAAGGAAGCACAGAGAUAAAUGAAAUAUUCGUAACAGCAAAAAUCAGUUCUGUUAACUAUAAAAUAAUCCUGGUGACGAAUAUGCUCAUAUGGUCUAUAACUGAAGAAUUAUCCCAAGACCAUCCAGUAAUUAGACUUGUACAUAACCUGCUGGGAAGUGUGCCAUUACACGAUCAAAAUACAAGAGAAGAAAUUUUCAGUGCUCUAAGAUACAUUAAAGGUGUACACCAAUUAUACCCUAAUAUAGACUUCCCCACUGGACACUCUCUUGGUAUAGAGUGUGAUACAUACGAACUAUUCUGCGUAUUCUCAUGUAUUUUAGAUAUGGAUAACCCAAAAGUCUUAUUACAGUGCUUAUGUAAGUAUAUGACGAUAACUAACAGUGCAUGCUUUGAUUGGAACCCUCUUACAACAAAAACCCUCAGUGAGAGAAUAUUCAACUGCAUAUUCAGCCAGAGAAGCAUCAAUAUCCUAAAUCGACUACAAAUGCGUAUGCUUACAUUCUGGAAGCAUAAUCCAAGUGUGCGUAACUGGGUAAACCUGUCCUGGCUUAUAUACGCAUGUAAUGACCCAAAUCCAUCCAAAGAAUUCAUCCUUGCAGUAUAUAAGAAUAUUGACUUGAGAGAGUAUCUGCCAGUACAAGACUCAAAUAUAGCAGGCAGUACCUACACAAACGCCUUAUUCACUAUAAUGAACAUGCAGAAGGAUUUUGAGGAAAUAGAGGGCUUAAACCACCCUAAAAUCAGGUUUAAGAAGGUCUUACAAAAUGCCAGGAAUAUCCUUACGUAUAACAGAUGAAAUAUGCGCAGCGUAAUAAUAACAAGAAAGUAUGCCACACAAAAAUAAAUUCUUAGUGC